CCCUACUUAAGCGCUUUCAGUAUCGAAAGCGCCGUUAACGUAGACAAACGAAUUUGCGCAAUAAAAAUGGAAAAAAUAGGAUUUGUUUACUUUUGACUUUCAACUUAUUAAUGGGUAGAAACUAUUUAAACAGUAGCAAAUUAAUCGAUAGCAUAAGAUCAGCUUAAUGCAUUGGUGCAUGACUGUGGGAAUACCACGGCCUUAUAAACAUUAAUGUAAACACGGAUAUAUGCGAAACGGGACAGAUAUAAAUGUAGUACAGGAUUGAAAAGUUUGGAAUCACAGAAAGAGUCAGGAAACAGACUCUUCAGGGUGAACAAUAUCAAUGGAUCGGAAUCGAAAUCUAAAAAUUGUUAUCGUAGGAACAGGUGUUUCUGGUAAAACACAGCUGUUCAAUAGGUUCCUUAAAAGGGAGUUCGAUAACUGGCCUUCCGCCACUAUUGGCUCGGAUUUCGGCGUCUGUCGUUUUGUACAAGAUGAGGUAGAGUUUAAAGUAGUUAUUUGGGACAAUACUGGCCAAGAAAGAUUUUCCAAAAUUGGGAACCAGUCUGUAAGUGGAGCUGAUGGUAUUGUGUUUGUGUAUGACAUAACGCAAGAAAGUACUUUUGUUAAUACAAAGAAAAGGAUUACAGAGCUUGAAAAGGAAAGAGAAAGUUGUGAGACGAUUCUCGUGGGAAACAAAUGUGACUUACAAGAAGAAAGAGAAGUAAGCACAUUGAGAGGCAAUGAGCUUGCUUCUAAUCUUGGGGUUAACUUCUUCGAAGUCAGUGCCAAAACAAACGCUAAUGUACAGGAAGCAUUUAAUAUGUUACUCAGAGGUGCAAUAGCAAGGCGGUAUGGAAAAAAGGAUGCAGUUCCUGAAGAAAUUUCACAAGAUCCAUAUGCAUUACUUCUAUACGAAAAAGCUUUGUUAACAGGAAGAGAAAAAGAUAAGUCAAUUCGUGUUAACAUUGUUGGAAACUUCAGACAAGGUAAAACGACACUAAUGAGAAGGUUGUUGGAACAAAAGAUCACCGGGAUUAAGAGUACAGAUGGAAUAGUUGUAGAACAUUACAAAUGCAAGAGAACCCAAAAUGGAAAAUUUCUCUACAAGAAAGCAGACAACAUUGAUAAAUCAAGCGUGGUACAGCGCUUAGUUUGUGUUGCUAGACGUAGUGAGGUAAAAGCUGAAGAACAGCCAAAACGGUCUUUGUCAGAAAGACCAUUGGCAGAAUCAGAUUCUGUGCAAGACGAAACAAAAGUCGUUCACAAAGACCCAUCGAUUCGUGAAGAAACAGAAGAUUUGCCAAAACAUUUAAAUGAAAAGACAAAGAGUGAAAAUAAAAAAGAAAUAAAUGAAGAGGUUUUGAGCAAAAGAUCGGUUUUAUCUCCUGAACAAAAAAUGGUGUUUAUGAAAGAUCUUAAGCAAUUUCGGCUAAAUCCUGAUACGGAGGAGACUGUGUUUGAUAUUUGGGACUUUGGUGGGCAGUAUAUUUUCUAUGCAACUCAUACAAUAUUUCACAGCAAGAGGGCAAUUUAUCUGUUGGUGUUUGACUUGACUUUAGAUCUGAACCAAUGUAUUUCUGAUGAACAGUAUCCAAAUGAGUCAGAAAAUAGAGACAUGAAGUACUUUAUACAGUUCUGGAUGAGUUCAAUCCACUCGUUUGUUGGGUCAGCAGAUGGGUCUUUGCCAAAGGUUAUUCUUGUUGGAACUCACAAAGAUAAGCUCAGGGGAAAGAAACACGAAAAAGAAAGAUAUAUCAAAAAGUACUUUGAAAACAUAAGACAAAUAUUUGAUGGAACGAAUUUGUCUAACCAUAUUCAUUCCGAUGACUUCGCAGUUGACAAUACUGAUUCUAAAGAUCCUUCACUAAAUUCACUUCGUGAAACGAUCAUUAGCAUUGGAGAUGAACUGUCACAAACAAAUGAAAUACCACUGAAGUGGAUUCAACUGGAAAAGUCACUGCUGGAAAGAAAACACCUCAAACUUAUUUCAGUUGGGUUCGUCUUGGCGAUCGAUUCAGAAAACGAGUUUCCUUUAGGUGAUAUGGAACAGAUCAAACUAUUCCUGCGUUAUCAUCAUGCCAAAGGUACACUUGUGUAUUUUGAUGAAGAACCAAUAUCAGAAUAUGUUGUGCUUGAUCCUCAAUAUCUCAUAGAUGCAUUCAAGUGCAUAAUCACAAGCGAAAGGUUUUGCACAAAUGAUCCUGAAAUCCGUCCACUUUGGAAGAUGUUACUGUCAGAGGGAAGACUUGAGAAACAGCUGAUUGACCGCCAGUGGGGAAAACUUGAAAACGAGUUCGACAUGUUUAUGGAAAACAAAGAAAUCCUUCUUUCAUUCCUUGUGAAACAUCACAUUAUAUCAGAAGCUAAGGUUUUCGAUGAAAACGCCGAACUAUCGACAGGACUAGGUUGGUUUGUGGUCCCAAGUCUGUUGAGUGAUCAUUCAUCGAAAACAGAAAAGAUAGAAUUUCUUAAUGGAAAGAAAUUGACAAAUCUUCGCUAUGUGUUAUUUUUCAAUUCCUCGCCAAUAGUACCUACAGUCUACCAUCGUUUAGUAUCAGCUGCAAUAGGAAAGUGGCCAGUAGCAAAAGCUGCUAAGAAAACAUUACUAUAUACAGAUAUGUGUAUAAUCAGACUGAACAUGGACCACGCUGGAAUAAUAGAAAUUAGACAUGACAGCAUUGAGAUGACAGUUGUUAGUCUAUGUCACACAAAAGAUGUUAACAGUGAACAAGCUGACAGUUUCCGACGAUUUUUGGACUCUGUUACAGAACAUGAAUUUCAGAAGCUACGGAGUACAGAGGAGACCAACAACAGCCCAUACGUAAUUAACUUCCGAUGCAAUCAUGACAGUCAUGGUGCAAAUGGAAGUGAAAACCUACUUUCCAUGGAUGAUAUGAGGAGAGGAAAGGUAGUUCCAUGUCCAGACCUGAUUACCCAUGAUAUCGACAUAGAAAUGGCAAAGGAAGAGUGGUUUCAAGACAACAAAAAGAUAACAGUUAUUCCAGACUAUCAGUUGACAGACAAAUUACUCAGCAGCUUAUCCCCAUGUAUUGGAAAAAAUUGGCAGUUGCUAGGACUCGAACUUGGGCUGACGCAAGUUCAGAUAGAUCAUAUUAUUGAAGACCAUCCACAUAGUACUGUCAUGAGGAUAUAUUUCAUGCUCCGAAACUGGUGGAACGAAGAUGAAAGUAAUGCAGCGCUAAAGGUACUAGUUGAAACACUGCAACGAUGUCCACAUGUGCAGGUUGAUUGGGACAAACUGAGAAACGUUUUAGAUGAACUACAUUGAAGGGUUCAAACGAGCUCUUUCAUUGGUACAACAUCAAUAAACUGAUCAAGUAGUACUGAAAAACGAUAGAAAUGAACUAAAUUAAGGUGUUCAAAUGAGCGCAUUCCUUGGAACAUCAUUUUAGAUAAACUAACCAGUUAGUGUUGAUUGGGACAAACUGAGUUAUGUUCUGUUCAUUUCAGCAAGUGUUGAUUGGAACAAACUGGGAAAGGUUUAGAUGAACUACAUUAAGAGUGUCAGAAGAGAUGAUUCAUGGAACAUCAUUAAACAUAAACUGAUCUGUUAGUCUUGAUUGGGAUUUAAAAGCUUAAAACGAGCUCAUUCCACGGACCAUCGUUAUAGAUAAACUGAUCAAUUAGUGAUGAUUGGGACAAACUAAUAAGUGUAUUAAGAUGUUCAAACCAGCUCAUUCCAUGGAACAUCAUUAUAGAUAAACUGAUCAGUUAGUGUUGAUUUGGGACAAACUGAGAAACGUUAUAGAUGAACUAUAUUAAGAGGUUCUAACGAGCUCAUUCAUUGGAACAUCAUUAUAGAUACACUGAUAAGUUAGUUUUGAUUGGGACAAACUGAGAAAUGCAUGAAGUUAUUCAAACGAGCGCCCAAUCACUUAAACAACAUAAAUACACUUGUCAAUUAGUGUUGGUUUGGAUAAAUUCAAUACAAGACAUCAUUCAUAAACUGGAGUUAUGUCUACAAGCGAGCAUACAUUAGGACAAACUUCGAAAUAAGAUUAGAUUAAAUUUCAAUGAUAAGAAAAUUCUACUUGAUUGCAUAACUUAGAUGCCUGCCUGUAUGACAACCAAAUUUUAUUUGAUUGAUUGAAAAGUUGAAGAUACCAGGGCUGUUUCAAAAAUGGCACCUUUGGGUUUUUCCUUGAAGGAAUAUAUAAAGUUUAUAUGUCUAUGAGAGAAAACUAAAUGUGAAAAAUGGAUUAUUAAAGAAAAUUUAUCGUAAUUCUGUUGACUUGGCUCAGUCCUACAAUGACAUUGGAGUGGACUUUAAGAACAUACGUUUUACUUAAGUAAUCUGGAAAAACAUUUUGCCUAGCCUCAGUGUCAUAUCAGAAUGGAUUAAUUAUUUUAUUACAAACAUAAUAUAAUACAUGUAUACUCAAACGCAAAAGAAAGUGUGCACUUUUUAAAUUUGAAUAUUCUCAGUUCUAAAAGAGGUUUCCGUCUACAAUUUGUAACAUACUUUGCUCGGAGCAGGUACUAUUGAUCUUCUUUCAAUGUUACAAUAAAAACUGGGUGGAGUCAAGAUAACUAGCGAUAGUGGACUUUUGCAUGAUUGACACGUGGUGCCCAUAGGAAAUGUACAUGUCUACAAAAAUGUGUUUUGUCAGUUUUCUUAUAUCUUUGGUGAAAGGGAAAACACAUUAGAUUUCAAAUCUGUGCUGUAAUAGAAUGCCACGACUUAGUGAAACUCAACUCAACUCAACGAAUUGAAGCAUUAACAACGCUUCUACGGGAUGACAACGUUAUUUACGUCAGCAGAACGUUUCGGUGCCAAAGUAAUGUAAUUCUUUUGCGCCAGCAAUUUCAGCAAACUGGUCGAGUUGCUGUAUGCCAUAGAUCCAGCAGACCUCGGGUGACAACCGCUACUCAAGAAUGGAAUAAAAUUCUACUGUUACGUUAGGCCUAAGCGUUGCCAUAUCAAUGCUUGAAUAAAUAGCAGAGAAAGUCACACACGAUAUUUAAACAAAAAAAUGUUUGAGGAACGGGCAGCUUAAAAAUUGUUGAAAAACGGCGUUAAACCCAAAACAAACAAACAAAUUAUCUGACAAGGUGAGAUUUACACCUUCCGUUUUGAUCCCUGUUUGCUUUGAAUAGCCAAAAAAAACAUAAAUGUCAAAAGUUUGAAAAUAAUCGAAAUACAUCAAAUUGGCCAUAAACUGCACUAAAUUUUGGUAGCAAACAUGACAUACUUUCAGACAUAAUAAUCUACUUCGGACAACAUAAUAUACUUCAGUUGACGAAAACCUGAGUGCACACUUUCUUUUGCGUUUGAGUAUACAAUUAAUUUUGUCAUUUUUGUGCCCGGUGACACUUACAUUUGCCUUUGUUCGUACGCCUGUCCCUUCUGAUGUCCGUCCAUCUGUAUAUGUGUUAUCUCACAAAGUAUUUGACGUAGAGUCAUUAAACAUUACAGGAUUAUAAUUCAGCGUAUGGAGUUGGGUACCUUGGGUUUUGUUUGGGAAGAGAACUAUCAUUCAUAUAAAGCGUGCAUUGUUUUCUCAUCAUAUGCUAGAUAAUGUGUCCAAAGAACAUUGUUGCCCCCUCUUCCUGUCACUUAACGAUGAAAAUGUUACUUUUUACUUUUUAAAAAUGCAAGAAUUAAUAAAACGCAAUAUAAAAGAAACUGAGAGUAAAACAAUAUUUUUGCGUGUUGUGGAAGGGUUAAAUUCAGAAUAAAAUCCAAAGUGCACAACUUCAUAUGCUGAACAACAUUCCUAUAUUUCCAUGACACCAGGUCAAAUACCUCUUGAGAUUCUUGCGACACAAACUUUUAUACCUUUUAUGCACGUUUUAGUUGCGUUCAAAUGGCGGCAUUCCUAAAACGUAAUAAAAUAACUUCCGCUCGAUACUUCUACUCACUUAAAAAUGUUUUGAUGACCUUGCACACAUGUUUAACAUACUGAGGCACAGCACGCACGUCUGCUGAAGGUCUAGGUCGCUCGUAUGUAUUAAAUGUCAGUCAAGCUGUCUUUAUCCUUUUAAAAUCUUUAAAGCCUGGCACAUUUUGAGUACUUGGAAACAUGUUCCCAAUAAUUACACGAUGUUGAUUCAAUGUCUUAAAGUGAAGGUCAUGUAUGUAUAAGAGUUCAGCUUAAUUAAGAAAGCGCAGUUCUAUGGAUCGUUUGGUCGUGAGUUCGAGCUUCGGGAGAGGUAUUUGUUCUUCAUGGCGAUUAUCUUAUAAGAUAUUUGCCUUAGAUUAUUUGUUCUCUAACUCUAAUUCACGUGUAGAAGUUAGUUUGCAGUUACUUGAGGGAAACGGGUUAGUACAGGUUCAGAAUCAAGGAACCCUGUUUUGCUUAACUGUCCGCCGUGAUAUAAUUGAAAUAUUCGUGAGAUUUUCUAAGAACUACUUUGAAAAAUUCAGAUUUUCUCACUACAAUAGUCACGCUUCCAAAUCCAAAUUUAAAAAUAGAAACAUAUACCCUUACAGAUGUUGAAAGUUUUUUUCACGCUCCUCUAAAUGGGAAACAAGAUUCCGCGGUGGUGCUCAAUAAUUAUUACCCAGCAAAAAAUGACUAAAUACAAAUGUUUAAUAUAUUUUAUUUAAUUAAAGAUUGGCACAAAAUUGUCAUGACUGGAUUAAGAUUACUAGUAAAUAUAUAGCUUAAUAAAUGCAGUUGAGUAAAAA